AUGUUUUCAAGGUAUUUAGUUCCAAUAUUGGGACUUCUGCUCUUAUGUGCAUCAACACGGGGACAAGACUCAAAGUUGAACAUGCUAUACAAGGAUCCAAACCAGCGUAUGAAUAUUUGCAUUAAGGUUCUCAUGGACCAAACGACCCUCGAAGAGAAAAUUGGGCAGAUGGCACAGAUUGAUCGCCGUGCUGCCACACCAGAGAUCAUGAGAGAUUACUCCAUCGGCAACCUCCUAAGCGGUGGCGGAGUGUGCCACGUGAACAGGCCACAGCCGAGGAGUAGAUGGAUAGAAAAAGACCUUGUGAAGAGGAUUGGUGCUGCAACUGCCCUUGAAGCCAGAGCUACUGGCAUACCUUAUGUCUUUACUCCAUGCAUUACGGUAUGCAGAGAUCCACGAUGGGGAAGGUGUUACGAGAGUUACAGUGAGGACCCUAAAAUUGUUCAAGAUAUGACGGAAAUCAUUCCAGGUUUACAAGGAAACAUCCCUCCCAAUUCACCAAAGGGUGUCCUUAUGUUGGUGGAAACUUGUGCAAAACACUACGUUGGAGACGAUGGGACUACAAAAGGAAUCAAUAUGAACAACAAAGUGACUAACUGGCACGGAUUGCUAAGCAUUCAUAUGCCACCAUACUACAAUUCAAUCAUCAAGGGUGUGUCAACAGUCAUGGUAUCCUAUUCGAGUCUAAAUGAAGUCAAAAUGCAUGCAAAUCGUCAACUUGUCACCAAAUUCCUCAAAGGCACUUUGAGAUUCAGGGUCAUGGUUCCUCUCAACCAUACAGAAUUCAUUGAUACUUUAACCUCCUUGGUGAACAACAACUUCAUUCCAGCCGGAUUGAUGAUGCUAUCAGAGGAUAUUGAGAGCUCACAGAGAUUUGGCAAGGAGGCUGUGAGGAAAUCGCUUGUACUAUUGAAGAAUGGAGAAAAUGCUGAUAGCCCUGUACUUCCUCUACCCAAUAAGGCAUCCAAAAUCUUAGUUGCUGGAAGCCAUGCUAACAAGCUUGGAUUUCAAUGUGGUGUUCAUCCAAGUACAGAAACCUCCUACAGUGAAAGCCCAGAUGAGGAUUUUGUAAAAUCUAAUAACUUUUCCUACGCCGUGGUUGUGGUAGGAGAACCUCCCUAUGCUGAAUCUGCAGGUGACAAUUCAAACCUUACUAUUCCUCAACAAGGUUUAGACACAAUCAAGAAUGUUUGUGGCAACGUCAAGUGUGUGGUUGUUCUUGUAUCCGGUCGACCUUUGGUUAUUCAGCCACACCUUGAACACAUCGAUGCAUUAGUAGCUGCUUGGCUACCAGGAACAGAAGGCAAUGGAGUGGCUGAUGUCCGCUUCGGGGACUACGGAUUCAACGAUAAGUCAUCGAGGACUUGGUUCAAGACUGUAGAUCAGCUCCCCAUGAAUGUUGAUGAUUCACACUAUGAUCCACUCUUCCCCGUUGGUUAUGGACUCACCACAUAA